CACGUCAGAUAUACCAGACUUGCUUCCCACAAUGACAGAAGGUAUUAGUUAGGCUGGCGAGUUUAUUUAGUUUUGCUGGUUUAAAAGUCUCCUUUCAAACAACAGACUCAAGUUGAACGUGAGUAUUGAAAUACAUAAUCAGCAUUUUUUUCUUAUGAAGUUCGUUAUUCGAUAAUUUUCAUAUGUAGAGCUAAAAUAAUAUUCGUCGAGUGACUACUGAAAAACAUUUUAAGAAACACGAUAGUUUAUUAUAUUUAUUUUUUUGAGUUUAUUUUUUAUUUAAGGCUGAUUUCUUAAAGAAAUUUAAUGUGAGUUCUAUGAAUUCUUUCUCGGGUCUAAUGUCCUCAAACUUGACAUAAGUCGCACAAAAAAAAUAUUUCUGGCAAAACAUGGAGUCAUCUUGCCAACAAUAGGUUAACACUUUCAAGCUUGUCUCUUAAGUCGUUUUUCAGUCUUGGACCUCAAACACAAGAUACUGUCUGAUAAUAACAUCGCUUUUUUCGAGUUAGCUGUUUCUUUCUCUUUGUUUCUCGACAAAGUUGAUCCAUGGACAUUUCUGGUCAACGUAAAGUGCUGACUUAAACUGAAAACAAAAGAUGGAAUAGAAGCGGGUGUCUUCUAUCAAAUACUGUACUUUUAUGAAUUAUUCAAGUUUACGUUUUUCAUAAGUAAAGUCGCGCUCUAAUUUCGCUUGCCUCUGAAUUAAAUCUACCUAAAAAGAAAAUAAUGCUCUUGUUAAACCAUGAAGUCAAAAUUAGUCCAGAAAAAGGAAGCAGGCCGAUUAUAAUCUUUGACGAAGUUUAUUCCCUUGAAACAUUAUUUUUUGUUGUGACGUUUUGCAAUAUUUUGUUACAUUGUUGUCUGAACACAAUGUCAGAUCGUGUUUAAUCAUAGUGGCAUAAUUAGUGUUCGGGAUCUUCAAAGUUAAUAUGCAGGUAGAGCUACUUGUCAUUACCUGGCUUCGUAAUGGGACUUUCUCAUUUUAUUUCCCUUCAUUUUCAUUGGUUAUCAGGGUGUAAAGUCAUCACGAUAUCGCGAGUCUGUCUGUCUUUCGUAACAUUACCAUGGCAACAGAAACGAAAAUGCAUUACAAAAACAAGCAAUCUUUGCCGUAAGAAAUUAUACCAUAAAAAUGCUACGUAACGAUAAGGAUAAAUGUCCUUUAUUUUUCAAAUAAAACAGAUAGAACACAGUCGGCAUGUCGCCUUUUACGAGAAAGAAGAACACCGUAUGCGAGUUUUUUAUCAAAUACAUCACAUUAAGUCUUUUACAACUGAUUCAUUCAAAAUGUCGGCAGGUGUCUCAAAUGAAGUUAAUUGUACUCCGUAAAUAUUUUCGGGCUGCAAAAUUUCAUAACUUGAUUUAAGUUAGCCUCUAACUAAUUUCAUCGUAUGAACAUUUUAAUUUUUUUUUUUAACUUCAUUCUCCUUAUGAAAAAUAUAACUCUUCCUUCAAAAUCUGAAAAACGAAGGCUAAAAAAUCAAAACAACAACCACAAUUUUAACCACAGGAACUUUAUGUCAGCAAAAAAAACAAAACAAAACAAAUUAAAUGUAAAUAGAGACAUUCUUUAUCAGAUGGUAUUAAAAACACUUUCUUUUAGCAAAGCGCUUCUUCAGGUAAGAAACUGAAAUUCUAAAUUUAAAACAAAAAUUACAGACGUUCCUAUGUUUUUGACAUUUUUACUGAGACUGUCUUCAUUUCGUUUGUAAUCGUUGUUUUAAGCAGUUUUUUUGCAUUGCUUACCAUGAGGGAAAUUCAGAGGACGAGUUUACUGUUAUUCCAUCAGCUAUUUUGCAGUUAUACUAUGUUAUCUAAGAAAGAUUCGUCGCACCUUGAAAAUGAUUGAGAACUUUGGUGCUAUGUAAGGAUUUUAAGAAUUGACUUGAUAGCAUUUUGAUAAAAGAGAAACGGCUUAACUUUUGACACACUGAUUCAAGAUAUAAUUUUUGUCGAGAUAAAUUACAUUCAACUAUCUUCGGUAAGUAUUCCCAAGAGCAAUCUUCUUCUAGUGUCGGUAAUCCUUUUAAAAUAAUUUUAAAUUUACUAUAUUGCCGCCUUGACGGAGGAGCAAAAUCAUAUUUCGGUUGUUGGAAGUUGAUCGGUGUUUCAAAAGCUAGGUGUUAACCAGGUUAAAUUCUCGUUCUGUAUAUAGUUGGGAUAUUUUCACGCAAACUCUUCACUUCAUGACUGCGAUAUUUUAUGUCUUUGGCAAAUUAUCGGCAGACUGAGAAAUUGUGUUUAAACGGAGGCUUCUAAUACAAAUUUUUGUUGUUUUCAUUGUGCAUCAAUCAAACGCCCAAAAAAGUAUUCCCAAAGAGAUUAUUUCCUUUCAUGAUUUUAAUCUUUUGUUGGUGGUAAAAACAAACAGAUUUCCAUUCAAUGAAUUACAGCAUCAAACGAAACACAACAGCGCAUACUGAUGGUCGUAAUUUGACAGAGAGCGAGCAAAAAUGAAGCAUUAUUUUAAAAGUUUUUCAUAUAGGUAAGAAAUUGGCUCUCAUUCUGUGAGUAAAUAUGUUGUACAAAGAUUCUGUACGUAAGAAAACUUUGAGUUGUGCUGAGACAUUGGUGCUUACAUUGAGGCAAACAGAAUUGGCAUUUGUUGUUGUUUUCGGGCAAGGGCUGCGGAGCAAAUAUAACUGUAAAUCAGAGAAUGCGCGCAGAGGUUGUGACAUCUGAUUUUGAACGCUGUGAGCAUACUUUUUGCCAAAAGUUUCACUAAUCAUUACACAUCGGUAUAACCUAAAAAUCAACAUGACGUGUCGUGCUGUGCGAUCGUCGCUGCGAGCAAUAACGCUUGACAUGAUAGUUACUUUCCGUACAAAUACGAUAUCUAUUCCAUCAAUUUGACUCAUGAUUAUGAUUUCUAAGCAUUUGGUGAACGGACAUUACAUUUCUCUCAAAUCAUGGUAAAAUCGUGAUGUACUUUAUAUAGAUCAAACUCAAAAUGAAGUUACUUUUGCGUGUAGACAAUGAUAUGAAUUUAUUUCAUUUCGUGUAUUCAAAUCGAGUUCAUUGCUACUCUGCAUCGAAACAGAAGCUGGGUUCAUUCUUUCAACAGUUGGAAAAAAUAAAAAAUCGAUACAAAUUACAUCAUUGUCUUCCGCUUGAUCCGCCAGCUCUCUCAAUUCCGACUCUACUGGGCAUAAAAAAUAUUGUACCAAAGGACAAACGAGAAAGUGCGAUCAAAUUAGUAAAAUUGGGCUUGAUUUGAAACAAAAAAAAACAUCAGAACAAAAAAAUACAAAAAAUCUUUAUCGAGUGAACAUUUUUCAUAGCAAGAGCAUCUAUUAAGAAUUCUUUAAUCUUUCUUUGUCUAUAUUCGCAGGGAUCAAGUGAAAGAAACUCAGAGAAUCAACUAAAUUUCUUCAAAAUCUGAACAUGCCUGUGACAACGAGGAAUUCUUCAUUUCACAACUUUUCAUCCAAGGAUGGAUUCCAAGAUUUUACCCUCGACACAAAUAUGAAAGUGAUAUUCUUCUUCCUGGGUUUCGUUGCCUUUCUAAUCAUCAUUGCCAAUGGUCUUGUCUUUGUGUUGGCUUGGAAUAUGAAGUAUCUCCGCACCAGAACAAACUUCUUUCUUUUCAGCUUAGCAGCAAGUGAUUUGCUCUCAGGUGCAGUGGUUGUUCCACUCGUUCUAUCGUGUAACAUUGUAACGGUCAAUCAGUCGCUUUGUAUCGCUAUGGAUAUCUGUCAGCGGGGUUUAGCCAUCUCGACGAUACUGCAUCUUUCGUCCGCAGUCAUCGAACGAUAUUUGAAGAUAUCUUCGCCUUUUAGGUACACGUCUAUUGUCACCAAGCCUCGAAUUUCUUGUGUGUUAAUUUCCAUCUGGAUAUUAGCCAUGUCUGUGUCUCUUUCUCAGUUGUUUAUUAUCUCUUCGCAAGACGUUACUAAAGAUUACCUCGUCUACAACACAACAGUUCUUUCACUGUUUGUGUUUGUGCCAUUCUUCAUCACAGUUUUGGCUUUCAUUCGCAUUUACUUCAUCAUGAAACAGAGUGAAAAAUCAAGGAUGAGGCUGACCAUUACUGUAAGAGAAAAUACAACAAACUCGACGCAACGAAAGAAAAGAGUGAACACCAAAAGAUCAUUGAUAGUGUACCUUGCUAUGUUGUUGUGUUUUGUCUUCGCUUGGUUUCCUUAUUUUUUUCUGACGCUUCUGAUAGACUUGGAUAAUUCAGUAGAGAUGAAUAUCCCUCAUUGGAUGAACGCAUUGUUUUUAUUUCUAAAGGUCAGCUCUGCUCUAUUCAAUCCACUUUUAUUUACUUUUUUUAAAGCAGAUUUUCAAAAAGCGCUCAAUCAAAUGACCUCCGGAAAGCUUUGCAAACAAGUUGCUAAUACACAGGAUGAAAGUGCGCGAAAAAGAUUUGGAACUAUUUCCAUGCAGACCAAUCAAACCCAUCUUCAGCACAAGACAUUUGAGAUAGAA